CAGUUAAAAUAGGCAAGUGACUCGCUAUGAGAAACCGCUUAUAUCUUCGUGUGCAGUGAACCAAGAAAUGGUAACGUGCAAGCAUAGUUGAGUUCAAAAUGUCCACCGUUGUCGAUCCUUUGCUUUCAACGGUUACCUUGGAUUUAUUGCGUCCGAAGGAGACAUUUGGAAACCCUGAAGAACAUUUUAGAAAGCAAUGGUUUGACAUCGACAGCUUGAAUUUUUCGCAGUUCAGUAGUAAGGUGGAUAUUUUCGAUGACAGCGGCGCAUUUGACUCCGAGAGCUCAUUGGAUUCAGACUACGAGCUAAAUUACAACGAGAAAUAUUUCUGUCAGGAAGAUCUGAUCGAAAGCAAGCUGAAAGAUACUGCCCUGUUGUACGAAUUGCCUUACCAACAGGAUGACAUUUCUUUGGAGUUACGAGCAGCUAGUCCGGAUGAUUUAUCAAGCUGCAGCCCUACUACUAGUGAGUCGUCUUCGGACAUUGAAGUCCAGCUCGAUUCCGUCGAGCAGACGGAUCUCACGUGCAGUGAUGUGGAAAUGAAACCCGUCUGUGCUGCUAAAACAACGACUGUGAAACAAACUUCAGAGGGAACGCAAACUGACAACGAUGAAGGUUUCGCGGAAUCGAUGAAAUCUGAUUCUUUGACCAAACUGGGGAAGCCAAAAUUGACGAUCGAAAGUUCUACAGCCAUCUCUGGGUCGCCAAAGGCCAACUCGAAUACAUUAAAAGGAAUUAACACUUCAGAUGCAAAUGAUGCGAAAGAUUCCUCAGAAUCUACUCCAGUGCAACUACCAAAAGGAAAGAAAACAUUAGCAAGGACUCAUAAAUGUACAUUCGAAGGUUGUAAUAAAUCUUAUACUAAGAGCUCGCAUCUCAAAGCUCAUCAAAGAACACAUACUGGAGAAAAACCUUACCAGUGUAACUGGAAGGAUUGCGGUUGGCGUUUCGCAAGAUCUGAUGAGCUUACAAGGCAUUAUCGAAAGCACACCGGAAUAAAGCCGUUUAAAUGCACCACAUGCGAUCGAAGCUUCUCUCGAUCAGAUCAUUUGUCGCUUCACAUGAAGCGUCAUUACUAACGAAUUCUUAAGGCCUCAUUGCAAGACAGUGAACCUUGCUAGAAUAUUCCAAGCUCGGUUUUUAAACGUAGAGCUGUAACAUAAAAAAAAAGAUCUGUACUAAGAUAUGUUCUAGUGAUAUCGUAUGUACAAUUUAUACAUUAUAGACAAUAUUCCACAACAUGAAGACUGUGAACGACCAGGUUCAACAGAAUCAUCAAAUGGAGUAAAGAAUUUAAAAGAACAAAGAGAAGAACUUAUUAUUAAGGUGGCAAACACCACUCCUGAACUGUGUACAUUUAUGUUUGAAAAUGGAAAUAAAUGCAAAGCAUUAAAAUGAGAUGUAUUUUACAAAAUGUUUGUUUCUUGUCAUGACUUGUAGGUCAUGUGCUUUUGAAUAAACAGCAGACUAGAAGGUCA